AUGGAAGCUCAGACCACCAAGCUUCAAAAUCUCAACAUAACCACAGAUGAGACGGACGAUGACGCCAAGGCGUUGCAGCAUCUUCACUUAACCAGCGAUGUGGAAACAGAGUCCGAUGCCAUAUUCGAAAGGGAUUACAUUGUUGACGAUGAUGAUGAUUACAAUGAUGAUUAUGAUGAUGAUUAUGAUGACGACGACGAUGAUGAUUAUGAUGAGGAUGGUGAAGACUUAGAGCCUCGAGUAACCUUAGGUGUCUUAGGGGAGAGACCACAAAACUGGCAUUUUUUUCUUCCCCAGCACUUCCCCAGUAAAGCUGGCGGUGCCCCGGCCUGGCUUGAUCCUGUCAAUUUGCCUUCAGGAAGAUCCAGCUGCUGUGGCUUCUGCGGCGACCCACUGCGUUUCGUCUUGCAGCUUUACGCACCCCAUGAGCGGAAGGGAACAGGCUACCACCGGAUGUUCUUUGUGUUUAUGUGCCCAUCCAUGUCAUGCUUACAACUAGACCAGCAUGAGCAGGGGAAGGACAGGGCAGCAAAUCCUAGAAGAAGUGUGAAGGUCUUCCGGUGCCAGCUGCCCAAGGAUAAUGAGUUUUAUGCAGCUGAAGAACCUAAGGGGUGUGUCGGAUCACAAUGUUCAGGAGGAAUUGCAUUGGCGCGCUGGUCACGAGAACGAUUUAUGUCGAAUACCCAGUUCACCCGAUGGUUCUAUUCUUCCAGGCGCAGGGAAAGAUGGCCUGAAUAUCUGGUGGUUGAUAAAACCGAGCCCUCUUCUUCGACUAGUUCUGGUGAUGAUAAGUCAGAACUGAUGGGUGUGCAAGGACAAGUCGAACCAGAUGUCAUGAUGCAAGCAUUUAUGGACCACUUUGAGGCUGAUGAAGACAAUACAUGCUGGGCAUCUUUCCGAGACCGUACUGAAAGAGAAAGAAGUCAAGUGUUGAGGUACCGUAGGAAGGAAGAUGCAGAACCUCUUUGGGCAGUAUCAUCUGGGUCUCUAUCAGAGGCUGAUAUUCCAUCGUGCAUCUAUUGUAAUGGCCCGCUUGGCUUUGAAUUUCAGAUAAUGCCACAGCUGCUCUAUUACUUCCAUGUUGAAAAAGAACCAGACCCCACUGAUUGGGCAACAAUAAUUGUGUACACAUGUCGAGAUUCAUGUGAUGGAAGUGUUAGCUACAAGGAAGAAUUUGUACGUGUUCAGUUCUCUCCUUAG